GCCACUUUGCGAAUAUCUGAUUGGAGGAGGGCUGUGCGGGUAUUAGGGAGAGGCGUGGCUCAGGUUUAAACUAAACGAGCGCCGAUCUCUCGCAUUAGAAGUGGCAGCUGAAGGGAACGGGGCUGCACCGGAGCAAUGGGGAUUGUGGCUGAGACGAGUCAGAAUGGAGACACUUCCCUGUGCUCAGAGAAGAAGUUUACGGUACCGCAGCCUCCGUCCAUCGAGGAGUUCGGCAUCGUGAAACCGAUCAGUCGCGGCGCGUUCGGGAAGGUUUAUUUGGCACGCAGGAAAAACAACAGCAAGCUCUUCGCUGUCAAGGUUGUCAAAAAAGCUGACAUGAUAAACAAGAACAUGGUUCAACAGGUCCAGGCGGAGAGAGAUGCACUUGCUCUGAGCAAAAGUCCUUUUAUUGUCCAUUUAUACUAUUCACUUCAGUCUGCCAACAACAUAUACUUGGUUAUGGAGUAUCUCAUUGGUGGGGAUGUGAAAUCUCUCCUACACAUUUAUGGAUACUUCGAUGAAGAGAUGGCAGUUAAAUAUAUUUCCGAAGUUGCAAUGGCUCUUGAUUACCUGCACAGGCAUGGAAUAAUUCAUAGAGACCUUAAGCCAGAUAACAUGUUGAUCUCCAAUAAAGGGCACAUUAAAUUAACUGAUUUUGGACUCUCUAAGGUGACCCUAAAGCGAGAACUUUGUAUGAUGGAUAUCUUAACCACACCAUCUAUGGCCAAGCCUAAGCGGGACUAUUCACGUACCCCAGGACAAGUGCUUUCUCUUAUAAGCUCUUUGGGUUUUAACACACCAGCUGGGGGAAGAACUCAAGGAUCGUUAAAUCAGCAAACUGAAGGAAUGCGUGGAAAUGCUUCUACUCCCCUUCUGAUGAAAAAGAGAGAAAGUUUGGUGAAAGGCAAUAAGCUGAUGAUUUCGUGCCCCGAAGCAAGCUUGUCAAGUCCUAGCAUGCCCGUAAAAUGUCUGACACCCAACCUUUUCAAGUGCAGGACCCAGUUCGCUACAUCCAGCACCAGCAGCCAAUCACGUAUCUGCUUGUCCAGCUUGGAGUCAGAGUGUGGCAGUCCCAGAUGGGAGAACUGCACCCAGGAUGCAGAGGCACCUCCAUACUUUAACUCCAGCCGGGUAAAGGACUCCUCAUCGGAACAGGCAAGAAGCAAGAAACCUACGGGCAGCUCUGCCUCCCAGAAUUUAAUGCGCUUGGAAUUUGCCUUCUCCCCAAUAGUUGAUCGCAGAACUGGGAAGAAAGCCGGCUUCCAAGAUGAGACUGGAGAACUAAGUGACACUCCACUUGCCACUCUCAAUGCAAAAGGUGUAAUUAGGAAAUGCCUCUAUGAAAAUAAGGCACAGGAGAAACAUAAAGAUUUUGACAAGACUGGUCGGGUAGAACUGGGAAAAUUCACAAGCUCUCCUGAUUCUCCCCCUUGGUUAGCUAAUGGCUCUGUAGCACCAAUACAAUUCAAUGAUGAGGAGAAAACUGAAAAGAUGGGGGUUAAACGAAAUUAUGAUUUGGUGGAAAAGAGCCCCGAGCAGGAACUGCUUCAGGAUAAAAAGACUAAUACAGACUAUAAACGUGGCUGUGCAAUAACAGAUUAUCCGGUUUCCCAGAGCACAGGCUUAACCAUGGAAAUAAAUUCACUCUUCCUUUCUGAACUCAGAAACAGUGCCAAUAAAUACGCCAGUGACAGAAAAUCUGGGGAUGACUACAUAUCCGCACCUCGUACCCUUGAAAAGUUAGAUUCCGGAAACCCAGUAGCCAAAAAUUUGCUUUGUGAGCUCGAUGAUAAUUGUGAACGGGAUGGCGAGGUUAGUUUGACCUCGGAGGGGGAGGAUCGGAAAGAGAGCCUGAAUCAAGAUUCUUCUUCCACUGGCAUGUCUGUAACCGAAAACCAGAUAGACAGGGAUCUUUCCCACGUGGAUAAGAGCAUUAAAGAACUUUCUUUUGAGGAGUCGCAGAGUGAAAACAGUGAGGAGAUCACUCCAGACAACAAAGGCAUCCCUUUUAUGGCUGAAAAUGAUGAGCGAGUGCAGUCAAAAUAUGAACCAAACACAAGCAUUUUGCCUGACUCUUUACAAAAUGUGUUGGCUUCUCCUGCUCCAGCUAGUGCCAUGACCAACCCUAGGAGAAAACCCAUGGUAGCUUUCAGAAGUUACAACAGCCCCAUCAAUGUCUCCAACGUGUCAGAACCGUCCAAAAUUAGUAUGAACUCUGCGGACAAAAUCCACUUCUCUUUGGGGUGCACUGGCUCCUUCCCCAUGGCUGUUACUCCAGCGCAAAAUAAAGUCCAGGGUCUUAUAGAAACGCCUUAUAGGACACCAAAGUCUGUAAGGAGAGGGGGAAUACAGGUCGACCAUGAGAGGAUCCUUGGAACCCCAGAUUACUUGGCCCCUGAGCUGCUUCUACGAAAGUCUCAUGGGAUCCAGGUAAACGGUGAGUUACAUUUUGCCCCAGCGCAUAUUGGGAAGCUGCUCUUUAUCCAGUCAAAGUCUAAUCAAAUUCAGUGUACUUGAUCCCAACUAAGAUAUAAUUAAUCUUUAAUGGAGACAAACCAGCCUAUUUGGGUUUAUUUAAUGUCUACAUGAUUUUCCGAACGUGAAACCGGCUUUAUAUUCUUGAAAAGUGCCAGAAAUAACAAAACCAUAUAUAUAUUUAUUAAAUAAGAUAAAUAGGCAAAAUGUAUAUUUAGCACUGGCUCUUUUGUUGAGCUUGCUAUUACAAUCUAUAGGAAUCAAUAGAAAACAACACCACUUUUCCCAUCAGAAAAUUGCUUUCAGUGUCUUACAGCUGGCUGAAAAAAAUCUAUCACUGAUGCCCAGUGUUUAUAAAUGAGACUGUGUACACUGGUGAUCAGGGCCAUGUGUUAAUUGUUUGUUGGGGUUGGAUUCCCCCAGCUUCUAUAUCCGUGCAGUAGCAAUGGUGGGACGUGUGCAAGAGUUUGAGAUGAAUAAUAAAGGGGGUUGGCGAGGCUUUAUAUCUGAACAUUAGUAAUACAUGGGACUCGAGACUUUACCCCUGAUCUGGACAGAUUGGUGACAUCACCCCUCUCUUGUGAUGUAACCACUGGAAAACCUGCCCCUCUGACAUCACCUGAGAGGGUGGGCAAUUAAAUAAGGAAUACGUGGGUGGAAGUUCAUACCAUUUUUGUUUCAGAUCAUUUCCCUUAUACAGCCCGUGUCAUAUAUUAACGAUUAAAAUGAUUUAAUAUUUUCUCAUUACAUUACACUUUGACUGGUUUCCCCUAAGGCUUUGCAUUAUUGCCCAAACUAAUGGACCUGCUUGCUUUACAAGCACAAUCUGUAUUCAUAGACCUUUCCUGCUGUUUAAUGAAGACUAUUUACUGGUGAAAUCUAUGGUUUUAUACGGGUGGUGGGCAUUGUUUGUCUUUUCCUUUUUUUCCUUUUUGUUCUCAAAUUUAAUAAAUAAGGAGUUUGCUAGCAACGGUUCUGUUGAAAUAAACCCUAAUAGUCUUUGACCUCAGAAUUAUUAUGGAAAAUGUUUGUGUCCUAGCACAGAGCUAGAAUAACCGGAACACCAGAAUGGAACUCUCCCUCCCACAUUUGCGCUGGGGGGCUUGGAACUAUACUGGAGAGGGAUCUGUAUGAAGGCCAGUUACAUGAGCAGAUAUAACUACUAAUAGAUUAAGUUCACAGUUUAUUGGGCAUUGUAUGGGGCCCUCCCAAUCGAUAUCUGGCCAAAAGUCGGGCAGAUGUUGAUUGGGCAGGGUUAAAAAUCCUGUUGGAUCAACAUUGGUUUGUUGAUUGGGUCCUCGAUCCGACUCCAUAUGCUCAACUCAGGAAAUCGGGAAAGAUUUGGCCGAAUACCUCAGGGAGAGAUCCGCUUGUUUGGCAAGGUUGCUAAACAUGUAUGGCCUCCUUUAGGGUGAGAAUUAGGAAGUAUGGACAUCUACUCUUCUAGAAGGAUCUCAAAGUCUAGAUUGAAGAUCAAUUAGGGUAAGACUUUGGGCGAAAACCCAUCUUCUGCCCUAGAUAUUCUAUCCCAAUAACCAAUAAUGAUAUUUUCCCAUAUCUGUAAUCCUUUCAUAAGAGCUGUAGGUUCUUGAACAAAGGUUAGACCUUCAAGGGGGCCAUGGCCAAAGAUUGGACCUUCCAGUGGGGCUUGAACUGAAGAAAAAAAUCUCUGCUGGACAGACAAGGAGUUGUUAGGGGUUGUUUGUGUCUUUCUGAACGAUACAUGGAGCAGAUGAGUCUGUCUGAGCACUAAUUAAUAUGGAACCUCUGUCAACUCCCGUUCUUGGUUGCUUCAUUUCUCCCUUAGAUAGCAAUCAAAAAUAACGUACCCUAAGCUUCAGGUGACUCUGUUUGGUGCAAAGAAGCUGUGCUCCUGGCAAAGAGAUGUGACACUUUCACUUGGCAAUUGUGCUUGGGAACUGGCUUUGCUUUGUGAUGCCACCUAACAUGCAUGGACUGUAUUGGUUUAAUUUCCACUUAUAUCAACUGACUUUACAAUGGACAAGUGAUAUCUCCUGUGAGACGAUGGGUUAGAGCCAAUGUUUCUAUUAAAGUGAAAAUGCAUUCCAAAAUAGUUAAGCAUAUCUGUAUGUGUAUAAUGGUGCGUUUCCAUAUAUACAGUAAAAUCAGGCCCUACACAGUAACAUCAUGGUAGCACAGGGGACCAGGGACAACAUGGGGGUCAUUGACCUUAUCCACAAAGCCUGUCUGAUUUAUACUGAACCAGAAACAUUGAUAGGAAGUAAAAGAUCUGGGUCAGUGCAUGUGCUGGAACCAGUUUUCUUGCAUAUUUUACUUUAUAAGUGUAAAUUAAGGGUAGAUUUAUCAAGGGUCGUAUU